ACUGUGUGUAUAUUACGUAAAUGUUUACAUCAGCUUCCGAGAGCCAGAGUUAGAGAGCCGGAUCCGACGUUCUGAAUCUGUCCUUUUAGUUCGAACUUAAGCCCUGUAGGAAGAACACAAUCGAUUAGUAUGGCGCUUCGGUUACUUUCUAGACAAUUUCGUGGCCUUGGUCUUUGUGGUGUAAGAGGCCGUUCUACCGUCAGCAGUCCUGCAGAGGAUGCAUCGGAGGCCAAAUCAUCUGGCCUUUCUUUUGCCUUGUCUGAGGAACAGCAACAGUACCAGGAUCUUGCCAGGAAGUUCACUGCUGAAGAGAUUAUCCCAAAGGCCGCUGAACAUGACAAAUCAGGAGAGUACCCAUGGGAAAUCAUCAAAAAGGCUUGGGAGCUUGGCUUGAUGAACACACAUAUCCCACAAGAAAUUGGUGGACCUGGUCUUGGGAUCUUGGACACAUGUAUCAUCACAGAGGAACUGGCCUAUGGUUGCACUGGUAUCCAGACAGCCAUCGAAGCAUGCUCAUUAGGGUCAGCACCAGUACUAAUUGGAGGCAACGCUGACCAGAAGAAGAAGUAUCUUGGCUGGCUGGUCGAGGAACCCAUUGUUUGUGCAUACUGCGUAACUGAACCGGGAGCUGGAUCCGACGUUGCAGGAAUCAAGACAAAGGCUGUCCGUAAGGGUGAUAACUACGUUCUCAAUGGCUCUAAGAUGUGGAUCACCAAUGGGGGCCAUGCCAGCUGGUACUUUGUGCUCGCAAGAACUGACCCUGACCCCAAGGCACCAGCAAGCAAGGCAUUCACAGGGUUCAUUGUUGACAGGGACUCAGAGGGCCUCACUCUUGGGAGAAAGGAAUGGAAUAUGGGUCAGAGAGCGUCUGAUACCAGAGCAGUCAACUUUGAAGAUGUAGUUGUCCCAAAGGAGAAUGUGCUGAUUGGAGAAGGUCAGGGGUUCAAGAUCGCCAUGGGUGCCUUCGACAAGACCAGACCGCCGGUUGCUGCUGGAGCUACUGGUCUUGCAAGGAGAGCCUUGUAUGAGGCUACCAAGUAUUCCAUGGAGAGACAGACAUUUGGCAGGACCAUUGCAAAUCACCAAGCUGUGUCCUUCAUCCUAGCUGACAUGGCCGUAGGAGUGGAGGCAGCACAGCUACUGACUCACCGGUCAGCCUGGGAGAUUGACCAGGGAAGGAGGAACACCUACUACGCAUCUCUGGCCAAGUGCUACGCUGCCGAUGUGGCCAACAAGAAUGCCACCGAUGCUGUCCAAGUCUUUGGUGGAAACGGGUUCAACAGCGAGUACCCCGUUGAGAAGCUGAUGAGAGAUGCUAAGAUCUUCCAGAUUUACGAAGGUACAGCUCAGAUCCAGAGGGUCAUCAUCUCCCGAGAGUUGCUUACGCGGGCUAGCCAAACCACCAUGUGAAUGCAGCCAUCAUAAACCUAUAGUCUCUUUCGCACUUGAAGUGAAAACUUCCUGUAAAACCAUUACAGGACCACAGAAUGUAUAUUCAUUGUAAAUGGACAGGUUUGCACAUUGUAUAUGAAGAAACACAUACAUGCAAGUAAUAAGCAUUUAUGGUGUAUCGUGGUAUGAGAAAAUCCCUGUAUUUGUUUGUGGUAUUAAAAAAAAAUGUUUUCAGAAUAAGAUACUGGAAGUAUGAAAUAAGGAGGAGAAAUGUUGGAAAACAACCACAAGGUAUUGAAAGAUUGUGGGUAUACUAUAUUGACAAAGCACAAAUAUGAACAUGAUAUUUGACAUGCAUGCACAAAUAUGAGUAUGAUUUCUUUUUCUACUUUUAAAACCUUAUUUGUAAAUAUUUCAACAUCUCUGUAAUUUCAUUACAACUUUUCACCAAUCUUAUUCCUUGCAAAUGUUUAUAUAUUCCUUCAAGUAAUUUCAGCACAUCCUAAAAUUAUAUUUUGUAAAGUUUUGUUUUAUUUCCAAACAUAGAAUCACUGAUAAAAUCACAUUGAUGAGUAAUCAAAUUCAUGUUGUGAAGGUUGUUUUCAUCUGCAUUUGGUAAAUACAAGUAAGGAUAUUUGAGCAGUCAUUGCAGCAUUAUUUCCUUGUGUUUUAGAAUUCUUCCCAAAAGAUGUGGAAACAAAAAAUAAAUUCUAUGGCCAAAACUUCUUUAUCUCAUAUAUAUAUAUAAUCUAUAUACAUUUGUGUUUUGAAUUAUUUUUUGUUUUGCUUCGUUAUCUUUUUGUGUUAUUUAUUUCAUUUUACCUCUUCUCAUCAUUUCAAAAAGUGAAUACUUAAUUCCAUGAAUCUUGAUCUUUCUAGUUUCUAUCAGCAGAAAAAUGGAAUGAAUCCCAGAAAAUUUGAAUAAUUGUGAUUCAGAGUACAGUUUGAGAUUCACCUGAAAACAUAUUUUUAUAAAAAUACUUUUCAUUGUUUACUUGAAGUAGUAUUGAGCAUGCCUAUUCAUUCCCCUUAUGUUACUCCAUUUCCAUGUCUCAUUCUUUUUCUAUAAGUAAAAUAAGACAUCGUGAUAUGUGCUAUAUAGAUAUUUCAUAUUAUUCUUUGUUUGUUAUCCUUGCAGCUGUAGUUUCUAUAGAUUAGUUUUGCAGUAUUUCUUGUGGGGAUCUUCCUUUGUUUAAAUUAAUCCAUAUGAUAUUUUAUCGCUAUUGCAAGUGAUAUAAACUUAUUUUAGUACCAACGUUAAAAAUCAUUUGAAUAUUGUUUGUAAAGCUUUAUAAUUUUCAACAUGAUUUAACCUAAUGACAACUGUCUUAAGCGACAGAAAUGCUUGCAUCUAAUUUUUUCAAUGAAAAUCAGUGACAAAACACAAAAAAAUUGUCCUGGAGAUUUGUUCUUCUGGGGCUUUUUUUUUCUGAAGAUUUAGAUAUUACUAGAGCAUGCAAAAAUUUGCACAAUUAUCAACUUCUCUUGGUUCGGCACCGUUUGCAGUAUGAAUUCAGGAUCAAAGGGAGCAAGUUCUAUGUAUAUCCCCCUUCCUGCAUGUUAAAAUCUGAUAAAGCCAAAUUUGCAUUUUGAUUUCUUGCUUUUUGUUACAAAUGAUAUUUUGAGUAGCCUGUAAGCAAAUGUGUUUUUAGGCUCCAGUCAAAAUGAAAAUGUAAUACCCAAUAUAUAUGCUGGAGAUGUAGUUAAAUCUGUAUUAUCAUAUCCUGCUACUGGUAGAAAAUGAAUUUGUGAAAAUGAAGUAGACUUGAUACUACUAACAAUGAAACAUAUCUAUCAUCAUUCUCUCUCGGAAUCUUUUUUCUUGAAAAGUCAUUGGAGAUAUAUCUUGUGAGACAGGGUAAGAUUCAGGAACACCAUAUAAACGGGUUGCAAUAAGACAUAUAUCCUGCCUCUACAACAAUGUCAAUAAGUUAACAAAAAUUGUAUAUAAUGAAUAUAUUUCUAUAGCAAAGCUAUAAUAGUAUUUUUGUGAAGUAUGUACUGUAUGUUUUAUUAUACGAGGGCGUUUUUCUUCUGUCGCUUUAUAUUGAUGUGAUGGGCAUGUGAUAUUCUGGUGUUUUUUCUGCACAGUCGUUCAUUUAUGGUAGAGUUAUAUAAUCUGGAUUCUGAGUGGUCAGGAGAUGGUAUGCAAUGGUGCAUUAUUCAAUGGUGCAUUGAAAGACCCAUAGAGCUGGCAAUGGGCAGUGAUAUUGGUUGGUCUGUGUGUUUUCAUUUAUGUUUUAAAAGACUUGGUCCCUUAUCACUGAUUUAUAUACCCCAAAAAUGGAGUAUUAUUUUCCUUCAAAUAUUGAAAAAUUUUCAUUUUCAUGUAAUGAUGAUAGUAAUAAUACUAAUAAUAUCUGUAAAGUGAUUUACAAAAAAAAUUCUAAGUGCUGUGUACAAAAAGAAAUAUUCUAAUAGAAUUGUAUAAUACAUAAAUAAGUAAAAUGCAGAGUGACAAGAAAACAAAAUUAAAAACAUAACUAUAUGUAUAACUAUAAUUUUAAAUCUCCAAUGUCAAGUUUUAAAUCUCAAGUUUCAAAUUUCUUGUUUCAAAUUCAUUUUUCGAAUUCGUAUGAAAAUUUCGUUUUUGAAUUCAUUUUCACUUUUUAUUGUCAAUUCCAUCUGCUUUAAAAAAAAAUGCAAUAGCAUGAAGCUAUGUUGUGAAUUGAUAGAUAUGCAUUUCAAAAGACACAAAUGCAUUGUGCUUUGAUAUAAAUUUGCCAUUUUACAUUCCAAAUUCUUUUCCUGUAAUGAAUUCAUGAAAAGAAAGAGAAAAAUUAAAGUAAUGCAAACUUCUUGUGAUAUAGGCCCUAUAUGAUGAAUGAAUUCACCAGAGCUAGAACAGAGCAUGGAAAUAUAUAAAUAUUUUGUGUAUAAUUGACUUUAUAAGAACGGGUUCAAGGAUAUAGCCAAUAAAGAGUGAGUAUGCUAGUCACGUGUUAAUGCUUUAAUUUACAUAUUUUGGGUUGACCCCAACCCAUGUCAGGAUUGUAAGGCACGAUUUGUUCUUGUGACAAAUGUCUAAUAAACUUUCUCUAAAGAAUGUAAAUGAAGUUUGUGAAGUUA